CAGUGCUCCUGCUCACCUCACACAACCCAGCAAAUAUAACCAACGAAUAUAACCAGCUAGCAAGCAGCGAAUAUAACCAGCUAGCAACUAGCUCGCACUGCUGCUGCUGCUGUGUGGCUGAGGUCGAGUGUGACUGAAGUGAUGCUUAAAGCUGUCAUAUGUGGAGCUGUGGUGUUUCCAGGGCUUUUCUUCACCUUCAGGAAAAUCCUCAAAUCAGCUCGGACACACUGGAGCGAUGGCGACGUGGUGUUGGUCAGCGAGAGACUGGUCUCUGCCAUCCAUGCAGCUGUGUCCACUGCAGCUGGAGUAAUAGUUGUGACGUCCUGCAAAGAUGUCAUAACCGACAGUCACUGGCUGGUCAAUGGGUUUGCUGUGUUCGGAGCUCCCUACAUGGCCCACGACAUCUACGCCAUGUACCUGAGCUACUUUCACACUCGGAGGGGCAAAGAUCCCGGCCGUGCACCCAGUGGCCACUCUCUGCAGACAGUCAGGGAUUUCCUCCUCAAGGACUGGAUGAUGGUCCUCCACCACCUGACACUGCUCCUUGUUUUCCUGCCCAUUGUUCUGUUCUUCAGAAGAGGACUGGGGGAUUUCUUCAUCGGCUGCCUAUUCAUCACAGAGCUCAGCACUCCCUUCGUCUCUUUAGGAAAGAUCCUCAUCCAGCUGGGCCUUGAUAACACCAUGCUGCACAAAAUCAACGGCGUCAUCGUCCUCCUGAGCUUCUUCACGUGUCGGAUUUUGAUCUUCCCCUUCAUGUACUGGAUGUACGGCCAGAAGUUUGGGAUUCCGCUGCACAGAGCGCCCUUCCAUCUGCCUCUGCAUUGCAACGUGGGCAACCUGGUGAUCCUGGCUCCACAGAUCUACUGGUUCACCCUGCUGCUGAAGAAAGCUAAGAGACUCUACCUGAGACAGAAGAGAGGGACAGGAGACGGACACAAAGACAGGCCGAAGACAGACUGAAGAAUCCACCUGCUUCUAAUAAUAACCUGCUCAAACUUUGCUGUCAAAUAUAUGUGGACCUUGAAGUAGAAAAAUUCUUAGAGAAUCAAGUCAUAAAUUAUAUUUUGAGAGAAUAAAAUCAUAUUCUGAUAGUUAUUCAACUAGAAAAGCUGUAAUUGUAAAAUCACUUCAGUAAUACAGGGUCUGGUUUACUGACUUUUUGUGAGACUGAAAUACCAUUUGUUUCGGUUUUACAUCAAGUUAUUACAAUUUUUUUUUAUACUUAACAUUUCCAUCCAUUUUUGGGAAAUACUGAUAUUUUCUCAAAAUGUAUCUAAGCUAUUUGCUAAGUGUUGGUGCACAACAUCAUGAUGCAGCUUUUAUCUGUGAAUUAACAAUGUUUGAAUCGGAGGUUUGGUUUGGUCUCAGACGUGUCAGUUAUUAUAUGUGACAAAGAAUGUUUUAACAUUGUACUAUUCUAAAAAGGAUAUUUUUGUAUAAAUUAAGUGCUGACUUAUUCAUGAAGGUAAACUUAAAUUUCCAACUAAAAUAGAUUCUGUUUCCAAUGAUUAUGUAAAACUGAAUAAAUGCCAUAAAGAUAAAUCUACCUGCCA